UUCCUUUUAGGAAAAAAACUGCCAUAAUGCAUCUGCAUCGCUGUAACAUGGCAAAGUUUGGAUUUUGCAUGUUGCUUUUGUUCGUGGUGAUAUUUAAGGUAUCUAGUGUGCCGGUGGUGACCACUGAGAUACAAACCGAUCUUCCAAAAUCUCGUAUACUGCAUCGCAUGGCACGAAUGUCCCCUCUGUGGCGAAUAAUGGGAUUCAAACCAUAUGGAGCUUAUUGUCAGGACAAUAUAGAGUGUUCCACGGGAUUCUGCAGGAAUGGUCAUUGCUCUUUCAAUGGCAAUGGGCCUGUAUAUUCUUAGUGAAACGAAGCCUGGCAUUAUGCACAGAAAAAAAAGUAUUUGAGUUAAGCCAUCAUAUGAUUAUAUGUCAUUUGUGUGUUAAUAUGUGCUUGUAUGCUUUAAGCACUUUAACUUUAAAACUGUGUGUAGUGCCAUACAUGCAGUAUGGAAAAUGUUGUGGUGUCUGACUUGAAAAGGUACAUCUGUUACACUGGAUAUGUUUUAUAUUCAACACAUAAAAUAAGAUCAUCUGCGGUCGAUAAUAAUAAGUGUUGUUUAAUCUGUCUAAACUGUCGAAAGGAUUAUUAAGUAUGAUGUCUCCUUAAAAAUGCAUUUCUUAUUUGCUGUCCUUCCGAAACCUCGGAGUUCCAAAUUCACAGUUUUUUAGGAAAGGGAUAAAACAGUGUGUUUUUAAAUAAUUGAAUACUAUGUUGUUAAAGUCGACAAGCACUUUUAAAUACUUUUUACUGGUUAGAUAAUUGCAAA